AUGAAGGUCCUCCUAUGGAAUUGUCGAGGUGCGGGGAAGCCCUCUUUUGCCCCGGCGUUCCGGAGGUUUGUGCUACAGAACAGACCGGAAAUUUGUAUUCUAUUUGAGACCCGUUUAUCGGGUAGGAGCCUUCAGAAGGCAAGGAGAGUGCUCCCUCGGUCAUGGGGAUUCUAUGCAGUGGAGUCCCGUGGAUUGUCGGGCGGGAUAAUUGUCACGUGGAGGCUGGAGUCGUGUAGAUUGGAUCCGUUUCAUGUUUGUGGCCAAGAGGUGAUCCUGGUGAUCUCGGAGGGCACAGACGAUCCCUGGGUUCUUGCGGCGGUGUAUGCGAGUACUGACUUCAGGGAGAGGCGACGGUUGUGGGAGGAGGCAUCGCAGUUGGUUGCUCAGGGCUUCCCUUUUCUGAUGGCGGGUGAUUUUAAUUGUAUUGUCGACCCUCAGGAGAAGAUGGGGGGUAAGCCUUUCUCCCACGAGAGGAAGGUUAAGGAAUUCGAGGAUUUUUUGACUACAAAUGGGUUGAUUGACUUGGGAUUUACAGGUCCAAGGUUUACAUGGUGCAAUAAUCAACAGGGUCCGGCCAGGGUUUGGGAGAGACUUGAUAGAGCUUGUGCGACAGCUGGAUGGGUCCAGAGGUUCCCGGAUCAUCGCGUUCGAGAAGAUAUGGCUCUCUUACCCUCGUUCAUGGAAGAUGGUCAGGGAGGCGUGGAGCACUCCAGUGAGGGUGAUGCCAUGUACCGGGUGUCCAGGAGGUUGGAGUUGGCGAGGAGGAGGCUGAGGAGAUGGAAUCGAGAGGAGGUGGGAGACAUUUUUAGGAGGAUUGAGGAGUCAGAGGAGGCCAUUACAGCAGGAGAUUUUUGGAGACAGAAGGCAAGGGUUCAGUGGAUCAUGGAGGGGGACAGGAAUACCAGGUAUUUUCACCAGGCGACAGUGAUUAGGAGGAAUCAGAACAGGAUCAGAUUUAUUAGGGAUGAGAAGGGGCAGCAGUCGGAGGAGCCGGAGGUGAUACAGAGGAUUCUGGUGAGCUUCUUUAGGAGCAGAUGGACAGAGCAGACUGGUGUAGCGAGCCUAGCAGAUAUUCCUCCGCCAGGGGAGUUGGUCACAGAGGUGGAGAACUCUGAUUUGAUUAGACCGGUAUCAGAGAGGGAGAUCAGGGAGGCGGUGUGGUCCCUCGGAGGGGACAAGGCGCCGGGGCCGGAUGGGUUCCCACCGGUGUUUUUUCAGCGAUAUUGGAUGAUAGUAGGACGGGAUGUGACGGCAGCUAUACAGCAGUUCUUCAGUACAGCAGUGAUAGCGGCUGAGUGGCAGAGGACCUUCAUUGCCCUGAUUCCGAAACGACAGGAUGCUACGGAGCCGAGUCAUUUUCGUCCGAUCAGCCUUUGUACGACCUUGUACAAGGUGACAACGAAAAUUCUCGCUAUCAGAUUGAGGGGGGUGCUCCCCAGGCUUAUAUCCCCGGAGCAGGGGGCUUUUUUGGAGGGGCGGAGUAUAUCGGACAAUGUACUCAUUGCUCAGGAGUUUAUGUUUGAUCUUAGCAGAGCUCCGAUGAGGAGAAGCUUGAUGGGGGUCAAGCUUGAUAUGGAGAGGGCUUAUGACAGGAUGAGGUGGGACUUUGUGCAGCAGUCCUUGCGGUUGUUUGGGGUGCAUGAGACAUGGAUCAGGUGGGCGAUGAGCUGCAUCAGGGGGCCCUCUUUUGCUCUUUUGGUGAACGGUUCGCCCUCCCGUUUCUUUUCGUCGUCUGGGGGUUUGCGUCAGGGUUGUCCCCUUUCUCCAUUGCUGUUUAUUAUUUGUGCGGAUGCAUUGUCUAGAUUCUUGCGGCAGGCAGUGAUGAGUCAGGAGCUGGAGGCUUACAGACCGGUGGAGGGAGCAGUGGCGAUCUCCCAUCUGUUAUUUGCUGAUGAUUGUAUGCUUUUAGCCAGGUCCACGAGACAGUCGGCUCGAGUUAUAGAUCAGAUUCUUCGGGAUUACUGUGCUCUGUCUGGGCAGCAGGUCAAUUUGGACAAGUCCGCUGUUAUCUUUAGUCCGAAGACGCGCGGGGCGCUGAAGCGUUCUAUACUGGAGGUUCUAGGAGUAGGAGAACAGGGGGGCAUGAUGUCUUAUUUGGGGGUACCUUUAUGUGGUCGUCGUCUGAGGAUUAGGGACUGUGUGUCCCUUGUGACUAGCGUCAGACGGAGACUGGAGGGCUGGCAGUCCCAUUCAUUGUCUAUGAUGGGGAGGAUCGUACUGGUACGCUCUGUACUUUCAUCUGUUCCUAUUUAUCUUCUAUCCCAUGUCGAUAUUCCGGUGUCAGUCUUGAGGUCCCUUGAGCAGUUGUUCAGGGAGUUUAUCUGGGGGAGGAGGAGUGGCAGAGGCGGGAUCCACUUGGUGGCCUGGGAGAGUGUUUGCCAGCCGACCAGUGCCGGGGGGCUGGGAGUGCAGUCUUUGAUGACGAGACGGGAGGUGUUAGCGGCGAGGCAUGUUGCCCGAUUUGUGCUUGAGCCAGAGAGUAUGUGGUCCUCAUUGAUGAGGGCCAAAUAUGGUGUCUUGGUGCCUGGGGGGCGGAUGGAGCGUCACCUCUCUCCUACAUGGCGAGUGAUGUGUGCCAGGGCUAUGGUGGUGCUUUCGGAGAUCAGAUGGGUGAUUGGUGACGGGCACUCGAUAGAUGUGCUGGAGGAUAGCUGGGUGACUGAUUGGCCGAUUUGUCGUCUGCCGACCAUGGUGGACUCUGCGAGACUAGCCGGGUGUAGGGUCAGGGAUCUGCUGGAUUCUGAGGGGAGUCAUUGGAGGGUGGGGCUGAUCAGGGAGGUGUUUGGUGAGCAGUUGGCGGAGAUGAUUUUGGCCUUGCCUAUUCCCUCUGGAGGGGUGUCGGAUAGGCUGCUUUGGACUCCGACGGGGCAGUCGCGGGUGAGGGCCAGGGAUCUUUGUGCAUUGUUCUGCAGGACGCCAGCGCGACAGAUUGAGGGAGGAUGGAUUUGGAGAUUACGGAUUCACCCACGGGUGGCACUAUUCAUCUGGAAAGUGGCGUGGGGAUGUCUCCCGACGAGGAGUUUGCUUGUUCGGCGUGGUAUGGAGGUAUCUCAGUUUUGUGAGACGUGCGGUGAUAUCGUAGAGACUAUUGAGCAUGUUCUCUUAUUGUGCCCUAGAGCUCGACAGAUUUGGCAGUGCUCUUCGGUUCCCCUGAUUGAUGCGGUAGUCUCGACACAGGAUCUGCUGCGGAUGCUGAGAGAUUCCAUGUCUAGACCCAGGUUGGCAGCAGAGGGGAUAUUGAGGGCGUACCUGUCUUACCACAUUUGGUUGGAUAGGAACGCAGGCAUAUUUGAGGGGAGGCGGGGGCUUCCGAGGAUGGUGGUGGACAGGGCGGCGCGACAUGCGAGGGAGGUUAUGGUGGCUGCCACUGAGUUUUCUUCUGGGAUGGCCAGGGACAUCUGGGGUUCUCCUUUCGCUGUUUCAGCGCCCCUGUUUGUUACUGUCUCUUGGGUUCCCCCACCCCUUGGCUAUCUCAAAGUAAACUUCGAUGGCAGUAAGUCAUUAGACGGGUUGACUGGAGGGGUCGGCUUUGUGAUCAGGGAUCACGGUGGUAGAUUGGUGGCUGCAGGUGGGCGUCGGACACCUGGGAUUACAGUUGUUGGUGCGGAGCUACGGGCUGCUUGGGAGGGGUUAUCCUAUGCCAGGCAGGUUCUUGGCGUCGAGAGGGUGUUCCUCGAGGGAGACUCUGCGGUGGUGAUCGAUUGGAUCCGGGGGCGGACAGGUACGGCGACGGUCACCCCCUCAUUUGGGAGACUCGGAGGAUGGCUCAGACGAUGGUCGGUUUCCAGAUUGGUCAUGUGUUUAGAGAGGCGAACAGGGCCGCAGAUUGGGUCGCCUCUUUUGUGGCCCGGCAUUCCGGGGAUGUUUUGUGGACGUCUACUGUAG